ACCCUCUUCUCCCCAGCAUUCAACCCUAGCUUCCGGCGAUGGUCCCGAAGCGCGCCGCCAAGAAGGCGGCCCCGCCGCCACCUCCGCCUCCGCCGGCUGAUUCAUCUGAUGAAGAGACCCAGUCGCGCUCGCGCUCCGAGGAUUCGGAGGACGAAGAGGCCCUCGCCGAGUCCCCUAUCCCUGCCGCCACUCCCGUCCUCAACAACACGCCUGCGCCGGCACACAAGGGCGAUGAGUCGGAGUCGUCUGACGAAGAGGAUGAGGAGGAGGAGGAGGAGGAGGAGGAGCCCGCCCCCGCGGCUCCCGCGGUCCCCAAGAACCAGCCUCCGCCGCCGCAAAAGAAAGUGGACUCAAACGCUUCCGGCAGCGACGAAGAGGAGGAGGAGGAUGACGAUGAGGAAGAGGAGGAGGAGGAGCCCACCCGCGCGGCCCCUCCCUCCGCUCCCAAGAAGCAGCCCCCGCAGGAUGACUCCGACACUUCCGGCGACGAGGAGGAGGAGGAGGAGGAGGAGGCGCCGCAGUCGCCGCCGGAGCCUGCCCCAAAGAAGGUGGCGGAGGUCCCGAAGCCCCGGGCGGCGGCCGGGACCAAGAAGAAAGGCCCAUUCGAGCGCAUGUGGUCCACCAACGACGACGUCCGUAUCCUCGAGGCCCUCGCCGCUCACCAAAAGCAGCACGGCACGCUCCCGCAGCCUGAAGCGCUCGUCGACGUCCUUGCUGGGAAGCUCGACAAAUCUGCCUAUGGCAGCAAGGAGCUCCAGAACAAGGUCAAAAGCCUCAGGACCCGCUACCUCAUACUCAGCAAGAGGGGCCAGCUCCCGAGCAAGGAGCAUGACCGCCGGGUCCUGGAGCUCUCCAAGCUCGUCUGGACAAGCACUGACAAGACCUUCCCUGUUGUUGAUGCUGCUGCGAAUGCGGUGAACGGUCAUGAGCCCAAGGGGUUCCAGGAGAUGUGUGAGCUGUACCCGCACCUAGCGGAGGAGGUGAAGGGGCUGGAGGCGGCGCACCCAGGCAUGUGCAAGAGGGAGUUCGGGAAGAUGGACGACGGCAAGGCGCGUGCCAUGGAUGAGAAGAUCAAGAAGCAGAGGGUGAUGCAGAUAAAGGUGGAGAUGCGCCACGCCGACCUCAUCAAGGAGGUGACCAAGGCUCUGCUUGACCUUGUCGAUUCAUGAGGAGCUUACCUCAACCGUCACCUGAAAUCGAUGCUGAUGAGAGCAAUGCCGGAACUGCAAGUUGUGACUGUCUUGGUAGUGCAGAAACUCGUAUUUUGCGUGAUGAUGGCAUAUGCAAGUAUUGUGAAAUUUGCUGAUGGUGUAAGAAUGUUCUAAAGUUGCGAAUUGUGGUGUCUUCACUAGAAUGUUAAACUGUGGCGUGUGAUGGUGUAGGAGUGUUUUUGUGUGAGGUUAUGAAAUGCUCGCUGGAUGUGUUUGGAUGUUCUUA